AUAUCGCUGUAUGUCCUGCUGACAGUACACCCUUCUCUCAGUCGCUGAACUUUUCCGGUCGUGCCACUUUCACACUUAUUUCAUUCACCACCUGAAGUGUAAAGAUGUCUACUGAAAAGUGUUUCGCCAAAGGAAGUGCUGCACCUGGUCCAGUCCCCCAAGGCCACAUCAGACUUUACAGCAUGAGGUUCUGCCCCUUUGCUCACAGGGCCAGAUUAGUCCUGAAUGCCAAAGGGAUCAAGCAUGACAUCAUCAACAUCAACCUGAAAGACAAACCUGACUGGUUCCUUGAGAUGAAUCCUCUUGGUCUUAUCCCAACUCUGGAGACAACCGCUGGGGAGGUGAUAUAUGACUCUCCCAUCACCUGUGAAUACCUGGAUGAAGUUUAUCCCGAUAAAAAGCUGCUUCCUUCCUCUCCUUUUGGUAAAGCUCAACAGAAGAUGAUGCUUGAGCAUUUUUCCUAGAUAACACAAUACAUGUAUCAGAUCCCAAUGGGGAGAAGAAAGGGUGAGGAUGUCUCAGGACUGGAAGAUGAACUGAAACAGAAGUUUGCCAAAUUAAAUGAGGACCUUGUUAAUAAGAAGACCAAGUUCUUCGGUGGUGAUUCCAUCACAAUGAUCGACUACAUGAUGUGGCCGUGGUUUGAAAGGCUGGAAAUCUAUGAACUGCAAAACUGCCUCGAUGACACACCUGAGCUGAAGAAGUGGAGUGAGCGAAUGUCAGAGGACCCGGCCGUCAAAGCCACCAUGCACAGCGUGGACAACCACAAGGCCUUUUACAAGACUUACGUUGAGGGGAAACCCAACUUUGACUAUGGCCUGUAGAAACUAAGUGAUCAAAACCUUAAACCGUCCAAUUUUUUGUGGUCAUGGUUAUUCUGGAGUCUGUAUACAUAAUAAAACAAGAAUACAAUGUUGAGUUAACAUUUAAGAGAUGCUUGAAGGGGAAAAUGUGUUUUUAUGGACAGUUAAGACUUCUUUUGUUAUUGAGGGGAAAACACGAACUCACCACUCAAGGUGUUUUCAGCUAUUAAUUCCAAAGGUUGGCAUUUUUCUAAUGAAAAUUGGAGAUGUCAUGACUCUGACCUGAAUCAAAUAUUUGUGCAACAAAAUAAAGUGCAUUAUGUUUUCUCUAGAGAUGGGCAGGUGA